CUGGAGAUUGUUAGUCUUGAUCGUUUUCCUGGAAGCCGCGCUGUACUUACGUUGCAUGCUAACCGCGAACCGUAAGUUCGCCAUUGUGAAUGUGUCUCUCCUUCAACUGCCUCCUAUGGGCCUUGUGUUCUCCCUGCGCCCCCAGAGGGCCGGGUGAGAUGAGCGGGGAAGUGCACUCAGACUGCGGCUGGUGGUGGUCUCUCUCCUGUCAAGGUACGAGAGUGGAAGCGAUGGCGUCUUGUCCCAAGUGUACUGAGUCGAAUGCGGGAUGCGGGUCGAUGUUGGUACGCUCGGCUGGAUGGCUCUACAGCGGCGGUGGAUGCACUGCGACGACGAUGGUCAGAUGUCUCCUGUGUGGAAGAAUAUUCAAAGUGUGGGUGGUAGCGUGGAAUGUGACUUCUCUCUUUGCCUGCAGCGACGGAUAGUUUUGCUGUUGCGAAAAUGGUGAUGGCUGGUCUGAAGUGGCUGGAGGUGGUUGGCUUAGUCC